UGUGCUCAAAGAGCCAAAGGAGGGAUCAAGUCUCAGCACACUCACUCAUAUUCACUCCUUCGCUCAGAGUCUCUGUGUCAUUCAUAUCUCUCUCCUUCAAACCUCACACACAGACACACACACACACACACCGCUCACACAAACUUGACUCAGAGCUUAAAUAAGUCACCGUUUGAGGAGACGGGCAGACGACUUAAGGGACGAAAGAAAGGACAAAACGUCAGAACAAAGGAGAGAGAAAAAGAUUGGAAGUUUUUGACACCCUUGAACUUUGAACUUGGACACCAGGACACUUUCUUUCCUGUUAGCAGGUGGAUACAAACAAGAAAACUAAGGGGAUUGGCUUCCUUUUGUGAAUUUUCUUUUUUUUAAAUUUGUGUUGGACUUUUGGACCCAGCCUGGUUGAAAGUGCAGUAAGAGGAAGGCGAUGGGGAGAUGGGCGUUACAUCUCUCAGCGGGGCUCGGGCUUCUGGCCGUCCUGUUGAUGUCGUCUUACGCUGAGGAGAACUACUGCUUUGCUGCCAGAGAUACCACCUGCUCUAAGUGUCUGCAGGCUGGAAAAGGCUGCGCCUACUGCCCCGAGGAGAACUUUCACGGGCCUCGCUGUGACCGUCAUGAGAACAUCCUGGCCCACGGCUGCACUGCUGCGGCAAUCAUCACCGCCCACAGCAGCAAUAGGACAGACAAGGCUGAGAGGAUCAACACGAGGCUCCAGCAGUCCCAGGUGUCACCUCAGCAGCUGACCAUGACCUUCCUGCCAGGAGAGGAGAAGAUGGUGGACGUGGAGGUGUUUGCUCCUACCAAAGGUCCUCUGGAUCUUUAUAUUCUUAUGGACUUCUCCAACUCCAUGGCUGACGAUUUGGACAACCUGAAGAGGAUGGGCUCAAAGCUGGCCACCGUAGUGGGAACGCUGUCCGAUGACUACACCAUCGGCUUUGGGAAGUUUGUGGACAAAGUGAUCGAGCCGCAGACCGACAUGAGGAAAUCAAAGCUGGAAUCCCCAUGGCCAAACAGUGACCCUCCAUUCUCCUUUGAAAACGUCAUCAAGCUGACAAGCAAUGAGGACGAAUUCACCAGGAUCCUGCAGAAGGAGAAGAUAUCUGGAAACCUGGACGCUCCUGAAGGAGGCUUCGACGCCAUAUUACAGGCUGCAGUUUGUCAGGAGCAAAUUGGCUGGCGAGCUCACAGUACUCACCUGCUGGUGUUCUCCACCGAGUCUGCAUUUCACUACGAGGCUGAUGGUGUCAACGUGCUCUCUGGCAUCCUGAAGCGCAACGACGAGCACUGCCACCUGAACCCUGAGGGCAAAUACACCCACGAUACAGUGCAGGACUACCCCUCAAUACCCACUCUGGUGCGCCUGCUGGGCAAACACAACAUCAUCCCCAUCUUUGCCGUCACCAACCACUCCUACACCUACUACCAGAAACUUGAAAAGUAUUUCCCCAUCGCGGAAGUCGAGCUGUUGCAGGAGGAUUCCUCCAACAUCCUCCAGGUCAUGGAGAGUGCCUUCAAGAGAAUCCGUUCCAAGAUGAGCAUCCGUGCAGAAGACAGGCCCAAGGCUUUCGAGACUCAGUUCUUGUCCACCAACGGAACUGUCGCCCAAUACGGUGCCUUUGACUUCAAGCCUGGAGAAACAGGCAAGUUCAAGAUGCUUCUGAAAGCCCAGAGGAUGGUGGAGGAGACGCCCGUGUGCCAGAUGGACGGUGAAGAUACCAGUGGCAAGAUGAGAAUCAAACCCACAACCUUCAGUGCUGCCGUCAAUGUCGAGGCAUCGGUUCUGUGCCCAGUCUGUGACUGUGAGAAGACUCCUAUAAUUAGAUCACCGUUAUGUCACGGCAACGGAGACCUGGUGUGUGGAAAGUGUAGAUGUUAUGACGGCUGGCUGAGUAGAUACUGUAACUGCUCAGCCACUGGUGCAGCGCUGGACACCAGCCAGUGCAAAGGUCCAGGCAUGACUGAACCGUGUUCCGGUCGUGGAGACUGCCUCGAGUGUGGGACGUGUGUGUGCUACAACCCUGAUCAGUUUGAAGGUCCUUACUGUCAGUACGACAAAACCCAGUGUCAGCGAUUUGGUGGCUUUCUCUGCAACGACCGGGGCUCUUGUAUUAUGGGUCGCUGCUCCUGCACAGAGGGUUGGCAGGGAAAUGCCUGCGAGUGUCCUAUGAGCAACCAGACCUGUCUGGACAACAAGAAGGGUAUCUGCAACGGCCGAGGUAAAUGUGUGUGUGGCAAAUGUGAGUGUGAAAACAUGGAGGUGGAUCUGACCGCAACUUGUGAGCCAAAUUUUCAGGCCCAGCUGGGUGCUUGUGAGGCGACCAGAGACUGUGUUCAGUGUCAAGCCUGGAAGACAGGGAGGAAGAAGGACGACUGCAAGUGUCCCUUCAAAAUAUUCUGGGUGGAUGAACUCAAACACUCGGAGUUGGUGCGUGACUCGUGCAGUUUCCGUGACGAGGAAGACGAUUGUACGUACCAUUACACUGCAGAAAACCCCAUAGAUCCAACUGACGGAAUCCUGAAAGUUAAAGUGCUGAAGAAGAAAGAUUGUCCUGCUGCCAGCCUCCUGUGGUUGCUGCCUCUGAUCUUGUUCCUGCUCCUGUUGCUCGCACUCCUUCUGCUCUGCUGCUGGAAGUACUGCGCCUGCUGCAAAUCCUGCUGUCAGAGUUGUUUAGCCCUGCUGCCCUGCUGUAGACGAGGUCGUAUGGUUGGUUUCAAGGAGGACGAGUAUCUGCUCCGUCAGUCUCUGCUCACCUCAGACCAUCUGGACACGCCCAUGGUGAGGACAGGACCACCCAAGGGAACGGACGUGGUUCGGUGGAAGAUCACUGACAAUGUUCACCGUGCACCCAACCAUCCACAGGCUCUGAUAAAACCAAACCCCAAGGAGAUCAUUCAGUUCCCGAUCUCGCUGCGACUGAACAGACUGUUGUCCGAGAACCUGACCCGUCCUGAUUCCAGAGACACGGAGCAGCUCCGCAAGGAUGUGGCCGACAAUCUGAAUGAGGUGUACAAACAGAUUCCCGGGGCCCAGAAGGUGCAAAAGACAGUUUUCAGAUCGCAAAGAAAUGCUGGAAAAAGGCAGGACUACACCAUCAUGGACACCGUCCUGUCUGCUCCUCGCAGCAGUUUUCCUGACAUUGUCAAACUCACAGAGAAGAACGUCCAGUCUGGAAACUUCCAUGACCUCAAAGUUGUCCCUGGAUACUACACAGUGGCCACAGACAGAGAGGCGGCAGGAGCCGUAGAGUUCCAGGAGGACGUGGAGUCCGUGGACGUUCACGUGCCGCUCUUCGUCAAAGAUGAAGAUGACGACAAAAAACAGCUUCUGGUAGAGGCCGUGGACGUACCACUGGGCAUCGCUGAGAUUGGAAAACGUUUGGUCAACAUCACCAUCAUUAAAGAGCAUGCCUCCAGCGUGUUCUCCUUCCUCCAGCCUUCAUACACCUACAGUCGAGGAGACGGAGUGGCCAACAUUCCAAUCAGCAGAGAGAUCAUCGAGGAUGGACGCACACAGGUCACAUAUCGUUCACGUGACCUCACGGCCAAGGACAAGAAGGACUACAUCACCGUGGAAGGCGACCUGAGCUACAGUCCUGGUGAGACCCAGAAGAUAGUUCCCGUUCGUCUGCUGGAGCUGACAGAGAGAGAUGGCCUCCUGGAUGACAAACAGGUCAAACAGUUUGUCCUGGACCUCAGUAACCCACGGCAGGGCGCCAAACUGGGACGCUACCCAAGAACUACAGUCACUAUUGCUGACCAACCAGAUCCCGGUGUAAUAAUGUUCAAAAAGGGAACCCAGAACUUCAGUACAUUUGACCCAUCCUACGUCAUCCCUGUGGUCCGCACUCGAAACCCAGAAAGUCCCGCCACAGUCAAAUGGCGAACCAGGAAGUCCCAACGAUUUGAGCUAUCUGGCCCACUGAAGUUUGCUCCUGGAGAAACAGAGAAGAACAUCAUCAUUGAACCCAAAACUCACCCUGGACCUAUCCAACCAGAGACCUUCCAAGUGGAACUGUAUGAGCCCAGCAGUAAUACCACCAUUGGAGAGAGGAAGACCACCAUAGUCAACAUCACAGACGGAGUUCAGCAGAAGGACUUCAUCAGUCCUAAAGUCCCCCCCCCCGGUGGUCUCCUGCUUGCACCAGGAAACUCUAAAGCCAUUGCAACUGGACCCAGAAAUAUUUCCCUGAACUGGGACCCACCCCCUGGUAAUCCCCAGGGCUACAAGGUGAAAUACUGGAUCUAUGGCGACCCGGAGAAAAACGCCCAGGUCAUAGACGUGAAGACACCUCAGGCUGAGCUGACCAACCUCUACCCCUACUGUGACUAUGAGAUGAGGGUGUCGGCCUAUAACUCAGUGGGAGAAGGAUACAACACCGACAUCAUCACUUGUCAAACUCUGGAGGACGUGCCUGGUGAGCCUGGACGUCUGGCCUUCAACGUCAUCAGUCCCACUGUCACUCAGGUCAGCUGGGCGGAGCCUGCAGAGACUAAUGGCAACAUCACAGCCUAUGAGGUCAUCUACACGCCCAUCAAUGAUGACAUGAAACCAGUGGGCGCUGCCAAGAAAGUAAAGAUCGAUAACCCUAAGAAGCGAAUGCUGGUGAUCGAGAACCUGCAGAACGCCCAAACCUACCAGUACAAGGUCCGUGCAAAGAACAGCAUGGGUUGGGGCCCCUUCAGGGACGCCACCAUCAACCUGGCAUCACAACCUACAAGACCACUGUCCAUUCCCAUCAUUCCUGACAUCCCUAUUGUGGAUGCAGAGGCAGGAGACGAGUAUGACAGCUACCUGAUGUACAGCAACGAGGUGCUGAAAUCCCCCGCAGGCUCCAAGACACCCAGCGUGGCUGGUGAUGAUAUGAUGAUGAAUGGAAAGUGGGACCAGAGCUUCAUGUUCCCAGGAGGAUCAGUGACACGCAACCUGUCCACGUCGUCUUCUCCCAUGUCCACGCUGAGCUCCAACUACAGAGGAGGAAACAGCUCCUUCACCACAGAAACCACCUACAUGUCUGGACCAGGGACCACUCGUAUGAUUGGUGGUGGAGUCCAAACAACGGACGUCAUCAUGAGGAAGCGCUCGGAGAACAGAGGCUACACAGACGAGAACAUCCGUGACUCCAUUGUCAUGGGAGAUUUAUCUGCCAAGUUUGCAGAUCUGGCAGGUGGGUACGGCUACACUGGGAUGCAGAGCAGCUCUCAGAGCCAGUUCAGCUACAACCUGUCUCAGGGUUCAAGGGCCAGGACCCAGUCUACAGACGUCAAUGAAGCCCUGUAUAAUCUGGACAGGGUUCUCCACGAUGCCCGACUCAACCCUGGUGUCCCUGACACCCCCAGCAGACUGGUCUUCUCUGCUCUGGGCCCCACAGCCCUCAAGGUCAGCUGGCAGGAACCCCACUGUGACAAAGACAUCCUGGGUUACUGUGUCCUCUAUCAGCUGAUCAAUGGAGGUGAAGUCAAACGCAUGAACAUAACAAACCCAGCUGAGAACUCAGUCAUCAUCACGGACCUGCUGCCCAACCACUCCUACCUAUUCAAGGUGAAGGCUCAGAGUCAAGAAGGCUGGGGCCCUGAAAGAGAAGGAGUCAUCACCAUCGAGUCUGCCGUUGACCCCAAGAGUCCCCUCAGUCCGAUGCCAGGUUCACCCUUCACUCUGAGCACGCCCAGUGCACCAGGACCUCUGGUCUUCACCGCUCUGAGCCCCGAUUCCCUGCAGCUCAGUUGGGAGAAACCUCGCAAACCCAACGGCGACAUCCUGGGCUACGUGGUCACCUGUGAGCAGCUGCACGGUGGAGAUGACAUGCGAUCCUUCCAGGUGAACGGUGACAGCACUGAGACCAGCCUCACCGUCCCCAACCUGACGGAGAACGUUCCCUACAAGUUCAAAGUUCAGGCCCGGACCACACAGGGCUUCGGACCAGAGAGAGAGGGCAUCAUCACCAUCGAGUCACAAGAUGGAGGUGCAAUGUCUCAGUACAACAACAAAUCAAUGACAAGAAGGGAUGUUUUCCACAUGCCGACAGAAGUGACCACACGGACCAACAUCUCGCACGCUAUGCACAGCGACCCUUUCUUUUCAGACGGCAUGAUGAUGACCACGCAGCACACGGAGACCAGCGGCAUGGUGACCCGUCAAAUCACCAAGGAGGUGGUUCAAAGGGAGGUCAUCGGAGGAGCGACCGUCACAAAGAAGAUGUUUUAUGAAUCAUAAGAUAGAAUAAAGCACCCCUGAGGUGUCCAAAGUUUUAAAAUAGAUUUUUUUUUACUCUCGACCGCAGUGAGUGUAUUUUUUAUAUGAGAGUUUGCAGCCAAAAACCAGAAAAUGCCAUGAAAAGUGUAAAUAAAGCAGGAGGUGUUGUAGAUUUAUGUCUGUUACUGUCCACAAGGUUUAAAUCAACAUCCACGUCACUUAUUGUUGUUUGUGAAAGUUCAAUUUCUAUUUUUGUUUUUUGUUUUGUUUCUUUUCUUACAUCAGUUGGUCAAUCUGGUAAAAACACACAGUGGGGCUUAAGCAAGGUCAGUACUCCAAACUUGACCGUUCCUACUGGUAUCUGUCCUUCAUCUGUCAGUCUUUCCUCAGUUACCCAUAAAUUCAAACAUGGCUACUGUUGAUCUAUUCUUAAGCUAAUUCCACUUCUUAUAAACAAUCUAUGGCUGUAAAAGCUGCAUUCUGACUAAUGUGGCCCAGUUCUGAAUAACAAAAUAUAUUACGUUGCUGUAUUUGUGCAUAGAUAUGUAUUGUAUUAAAGUGUGGUGAAGUUAUCUUCAGGUGUUAAAUACACUUUAAAAAAAUAUAUCACGUUAACCUUAAAAGAACUAACACUUGGUUUUUGAAUAAUAAUACAAGAGAAACGUCGCCUUAAACAGACGAUUCGAUUCUCUGAGAUUCCACCCCACUACCAGCUAAUGUUUCCUUUUGCAAUUUACAUUUUGGCCAUAAAGUUAACAUUUUAAAGACAUCUUGGUUUUGUACAGACAGGAUGAUUGUAUCUGCAUACAUGCAUGUUCUACUGCUUUCUGGGCUUGUUUUUUGUGUGUGUUGUGAUGAAAUAUUUUGAUCAAGAAGAUGCAGCACAGACAAGUGGAACCACUUUUACACCAAAAAUACAAAACGUUCUGCACUUUGUUCACUGAAGUGACCAGUGUGUUGAAUUUAGCACCAUCUAGAGGUAAGAAAUUGCAACAAACUGGUUUUUAAAAAAUGGUAGUAAAAUAUGAAAGGGGAAGUAAUUAAUUUUGAAUUUGACAAACCGGGCCUUUACGGUCGACCAUUGUCUUGUCGCUUUGUUCUGUUGCACUUAAGUAUUUUGAAAUAAACAUUUUCUCUUUUACUAAAAAA